AUGCGCUCAUCGCCGUGGCUCACGUUGAGUCUCUUCUGGGCUUCAGCAGCAUCGGCAGCGACAGCUGACCCCGUCGUCAAGCCAACCAAUGGCGACACUGGCGCAAAGACGUACGAAAAGGUCAUGAUCGUCGUUGACCAACUGCGCCUCGAGUCCAAGUUCAGCCCCAGCCUGUCCAACGAGUCGACCAGCUUGCAACCUCGCGAUGUCCUGCUGAGCGCCCGGCAGCAGUGCUUGGCCGGAUACGGCUACUGCGCCAGCUUCGGACGCUGCUGUCCCUCGAGCGGCAGGUGCUGCUCCUACGGCUAUUGCCUCCCGAGCGGUUCGGCAUGCUGUCCCAGCGGCCCAUGCGCCGCCGGCAAGACGUGCUGCGGCCAGUCUCACUGCGCGCCCCUCGACGGCGAGUGCUGCAGGGACGAGAGCUACUGCGAGGCGGGCAACCAUUGCUACAUCGUGGCCGCCCUGGGGCCCAAGCCCGUAUGCUGCACCGACUCGGCGUGCACCGCCCAUGUCCUCAACGGCGUCACGACGUCCGCCUCGACUCGGACCACGACGCAGACGUUUACCUCGAGCAGCCAACCGCCAGACCCAACGACUGCUCCGGGCCCACCUGUUACCUCGUCUGUCACGUCCUCGUCUUCGGGCGUUGUGACGUCUCCCUUGUCGUCAUCGUCGUCGGCCGGCCCUACGCCCGGCCCGGCCGCCAGCAACAACACGCCGGUUGGAGCCAUUGUCGGUGGCGUCGUCGGCGGGAUCGGAGUCCUUGCCAUUGCGGCCAUUGCAGUGUUUCUCUUCUUGCGGAGAAAGUCACACAAGGCAAAUGAGGAUUCCGCACCCGCGCCGCCCAUGACCUUUAUCCCGCCGGCCGUCGAUCAGGGCCGGCCGCCGAACCAGCCGCUCUACCGGCCGCAGCCCGCCGCUCCGGCAGAUGGUCGCGCGUCAUACUAUCCGCCCGCCGACAAGGUGCCUAUGUACUACACGACGCCGCCGCCCGUCAGCCCGCAUCAGUCGUACGCAGCUGACCCCCGCGGCAGCGGACCGACGAGCCCGGGCGCCGUCUCGUCUAUGAGCGGCUCGGGCGGCUACGUGUCGCCGCCUCCGGGAUACCAGCAGGCACCGCGGCCCAUGGUCUACGAGGCACCGGUGCAGACGUCUGAGAACCACCGUGGGCAGAUGCACGAACUGUCCUGA